AUGCCUCCAAAGUCCACCAACACUCGCGGGCGGCCCGCUGCCUUCUCGCGCCGCACCGCCGGCCCCACCGACAGCUCCUCUGCCACAUCCACUUCAGGCCCUUCAAACACAACCACAAACCCGAACAAUGCCCCAAUAGGCUCCAAUCUCAGUGAACCGCGUUCUCGAAAUGCACCUUCAGCCAGCGCCACACCAACAACCCGCGGCAGCGUCCAACGCCUCCAAUCGCUCAAAAAGCGUGCACCAACCGGCUCCCUCGUUCCCCUAAAUCCAGACGGCACGGUGCCCAAACCGACACUGCGCUAUCAGCCGCGUGCGGUGGCGAGGAAGGGUAAAGCGGAGCGCGAGGCGUUAGAGAGGCGGGAGGCGGAGAGGAUGCAGGAGAAGGUGAGGGAGGUGGCUGCGAUGCGGAGUGCGGAGGCUAGGGCUAGAGGUGUGGAUAGGGAUAGAGGGAGGGGGAGGGGGAGAGGGAGGGGAGGGGUGAUUUCUGGUGGAGAUGGCUCAGGACUGUUAGGAUCGGGCAUCUCGAUGCGGGGUCGUGGAGGAGGUGGGUUUGGAGGGGGUAGACUGAAGUUUGGUAAUGGCGGUCGAUCGGGAGCCGAGAGGGUGCAUGGGCUUGUCACAGCUAAGAGUGAGGAGGGUGGAAAGGGAGAAAGUAGAGAUGUUUCGUCAGACGAGGAGAGCGAUGGGGGACCGAGGUUUAGCAUUGAGCAGAUUAAUAUUAUUAGUGAUGAAGAGGAGGAAGCGGGGUGGGGAGAUAAUGUGGAGUUAGAGGAGGGGAAGAGGAAAAUGCCGGCUAAGGGGUCUGUGUCUGGGGGAUCGGGGAGAGGGUUGAGGCCUAUUCGGGUUGAGAGACAGGAACACCAGGAGAGGUCUGUUGGUGUUAACACGGAUGCGAGCUCGCAUAAGUCAGCGGAGCUGAGGAGGCAGGCGAAGGCAAAGGCGAAGGAGAAGCAUGGAGGGGAUGAGAGCUUGUUUGUGCAGGAGAGUGAGGAUGAAGACGCAGAUAGUGUAAUUGAGAGUGAAGAGGAAGUUGAAAUUACUUCGGAGAAAGCUCUGGGCCGUGCAGCGCAGAGAGAAGUGCGAAUUAAACAGGAGCCUACUGAGGAUGGGGAUGUGCUUAUGGUCGACACUAUACCGCAAGCCACGGACGACAGCGCUUUAACAUCCGCUCCCCCAAAACCAAAAACAAAGAAGAAGAGGGUCGCUAUCCAGGAUCCGAGAAGCAAAUUGCAGACGGAGGAAGAGCGGCAAGAGUGGGACCUUCACGCGCAGGAUAUAGAACAUAUCAGGCAGGCGUUGGGAACAAUAACCACCCACGAUAAACCGGCGGAAGGAGAGGAAGCAGCUGGCCGGGAAGAUGAGGCUAAAGCUCUUGAAGCUCCGAAGGAUGAGCGCUCUGGGCGGCUUUUCCUUAUCCAAUUUCCGCCCAUGACACCCAAUCUUAUUGCGCAAACACGGGCUGUAGAUGCGACGGACCAAGAUGUAGUUGAAACCGGUGCACAAACAACAACCCAGAAUCCAGCCAUACCCUCGAUUAAAAGAGAAAACACAGACAGCCUCGCCAUCCUUAAACCUACCUCGGUCAUCAACAACAAUACCAACGGCGUUUCACAAUUUAUUACAGCGGUCAACUCCUCCCUCCCACCAGGCCGGGUGGGCAAGCUAAACAUCCACCAGUCCGGGAGGGCAACAAUAGAUUGGGGCGGGAUCAGCUUUGAUCUGACUAAGGGGAGUGACGUGGAUUUCCUUCAGGAUGCGAUUGUGGCGUCGGAGGGGAAUCCCAAGGUGUCUGGGGAAGAUGGUGGGACUUUGGAGGAGCCAGGGGAGACGCUGGUAUGGGCGAUGUCGCAAGUUACCGGGAAAUUUGUGGUGACGCCAGAUUGGGAGGUGUUGCUUGGGCUUUGA